AUACAAUAUUUCUUUUUUAAGUUUCUUAUUUAAAAAUGGAUAAUAUUAAAAUUCUUGAAAAUCAAUUUUUUAAUACAAACAUAAUUGAAAUAAUACCUUCUUAAAAAAUCCCAAACUUUUAAUUUUAAUUUACAAAUAUUUCUUUUAACAAAAAUUUAUUUCAUUCCAUUUCUCAAUAAGUUUUCCUAAGUAUUCUAUAUACACAAAUACUAGUCCCAUUACAUGAAUUAUAUUUCUAAUCUUUUUAAAUAUUAAAUAAUUAAUAUAAAAAUUCACAUUCUGAUCUCAAAAUACUCGUCUCAUAGUUAAUUCGCACAUAAAAAAUAGCCUAAAUAACCCUUAAAGAUAUAAUUUUUGAAGAUCAUAUGACUUUUUCUCUUGGUAACUUUGAAGAUGCAUCCCAAAUAGAUAUAUAGGAUUUAAAAUGUUAGAAUUCUCUAGAUUAUAAUAGUCAAUAUAAACUAAAUGAUAGUUCUUCUUCGUGUUUUGAUGUUUAUAAUAUUCCAAUUAUUAAUUUAGAUAAUAUAGUUGUUUUGUAGAAAUAUGGUUAUAAUACUAAUUUGGUAAAUUUAGUAAAUUAAAUUGAAUAAAAGUCAUAAAUAUCAAUAAAAAACUCAGUUUUUUAAAAAAUUUCUUUAAUUUAAUCAUUUUCAACUUAUCAUUCAAAUCCUUUAUUUAUUUCCUUGAAUUAAAUUGGAAAUAUAUUUUUAGAAAAUUUAGUUUUUUCAGAUAAUACGCUAUAAGGAAUUUUAAAAAGUUAAAAAUAAUCAACUACAUGUGUCUAUAUAAGUAGUCUAUUAUCCAUUAUAUAUAUUAAAAAAUCAAAAUUUGAAAAUAUGUUAUCUUCUAAUGACAAUAAUUGUCUUUUCUUUGAAAUUUAAGAAUUAUAUUUGGAAAAAUCUUUGUUCAAAAAUGCCUCAAAUUUAAAUAAAAAUGAAAACAUGCUCAUUUAAGGAGGUUUUAUGAAAAUUUUAAGUCUAAAAAUAUCAAUUUAAAGUACAGAAUUUUCAUAAUCAUAUAGUAAAAUAGGAUCUUUUAUAUAUUUUAUGUCUUUUGAGAAAAAAGAUGUAGUUUUUUAAAUUGAAAAUUCUAUAUUCCAGUAAGGUUUUGCAACUGAAAACGGAAGUGCUUUUUAUAUUGACACUUUAAGUUAAAAGUUAAUUUUAGAUAUAAAUAAUUGUAUAUUCUAAGAUUUAUUUUUAUAAUAAUUAUAAAAUUCCACAUCUAUAUAUAUAAGAAAAGAUAUCGCUUAAAUAUAUAAUAUUAGAAAUAUAAUAAAUCUUAAAAACACUAAAAUUUCAAAUAUUUAUGGAAUUUAAGAAAAUUAAUUUUUAGAUUUAUAAAAUUCAGACAUAUAUUUUUAUAAUAUUAUUUAUUUUUUUUAGCUUUCCUUGUUUUUAUAAAAUUAAGAAAUUAACUAUUAACAUGCUUUAUUUUUAAACGGAAAAUCACUAAAUUUAACUAUAUAAGAAUUUCUUCUUGAGAAAAUAACAAUUAUAAAAAAUUAAAAAAAUCUUUUACUUUUUGAUAUUUAAGAUAAUAAUAAUUCUAAUUUUUUCUAAAUAAAUUCCAUAAAAAUCUAAAACACGAUUAUUUCUUCUUCCGGUCUUUUAAAAAUAGAUGGUGGGUCCGUUUCUUUUGAAAACCUACAUAUAGAAAACGUUUAAAUAAAUAAAAAUAUUAGAAAUUUACAAGAAAAUAACUUAAUUAAUAUUUAAUAAUUUACCAUAAAUCUUAUAAAAACUCAAUUAAUUAUUAAAAACUCUUUUUUUUUAAAUAUAUAAUGCCCAAAAUGUACCGGAGGAGUUUUUUAUAUAUAAAAAUCUUCCAUUUAAAUUGAAAACUCAGAUUUUAAAUUUUGCCAAAGUUCAAACGGAGGAGCUCUUUUUAUAGAAAAUCCAAUAAAAAAAGCUCUUAUUUUCCAAUCAACAUUCAUAAAUAAUAGAAGUGAAUAAAACGGUGGAUCUUUAUAUAUAAUAGUUUAAAAAACCGAAUAACUUUCCUUAUAAAUAUAAAGUUCGAAUUUUCAACAAAACAUAGCCUAAUAAGGAGGUGGAGCAAUAAACAUUUCCUUUGAUUUUCCUCAAGAAAACUUGAUAUAGACAAUAUAGAUAAUUAAUUCUUAAUUUAGCUCAAAUAUGGCAUAUAUUGGUGGAGGAAUUCUAUAUUAAAAAGCCUAAGGAGUUCAUUAAAAUACUCUUUUUUUAAACAAUAGUGCUCUUUUAUAUGGAAAGAAUUACUUCUCGUAACCUUCUAGACUCUAACUGUUAAAUAAAAAGGACAUAGAAUAAGGUUAUGAAGGAAUAGUAUCCUCUAAUAGCAUUUUUUUUGGUAAUUGGAGAAGUGGAAAGUCUAUAAAACAAUUGAUUUUGGGUCUUUUUGAUGACUAAAAUGAACAAAUGAUUUUAGAAUAAAAUUCGGAUUAAAAGCUAUAAUUAUUAAAGUUAGAUCAAUCAAAUAUUACAUAUAAAAACAGCUCAUAUUAAAUUGAAUAUAAAGGUUUUGAAAUAAAAGAAAUAUAAAUAGUCGGUAGAAUAAAUGAGAGAGCAUCAAUUAGUAUAAAAAAUUAACUAAUAAGGGAUUAAUAAUAUGAAUUUUAGCUUAUUUUUUAAUUCAGGAAAUGUAAAAAAGAAGAAUAGUUGUCUAUAUAUAAUAAUCUACAAGAAUGCACAAUAUGUCCUUAAGCGUAGUAUUCAUUUGGAGAACCAUGCCAUGUAUGCACUCAUGAUGAAAUACCUAAUUGUCAAUUAGAAAUAAAUAAAGAACAUCCUUGUUGUAAAAGUUGCUGUAAAGAUUGCCCUUUUGGGGCAAUAUGCAAUUACGAUGAACCUUUUAAAGUCAGAAAAGGAUUCUGGAGAUCAGAUAAAUAUUCAUCAAUAAUAAUAGAAUGUAAAGAAUUACCAGAAAAUUGCCAAGAAGGUACAUAUGCAAAUUAUAUAUGUUUUUAAGGACACAUAGGAGCUAAAUGUGAUGAAUGUGAUUUAUUAGAAGAAUAUUGGGAUGAAAGUUAUACUAAAACUGGUAAAUUUUCAUGCUCUUAAUGUUCUAAAAUUUAAAAUAAUUCUACAAUAGUUAUUUUAUUAACUUUAUGGACUAUGAUAUCUAUGACCUUAGCUAUAAAAAUUAAUUAGGCUGAAUACACUGCCAUAUACAUAAAAAUACUAACAAACUACUUCUAAAUAAUUGGCUCUGUAGCUUCCUUUGAUCUUUCUGUACCUUCUGGUAUAUUUGAAUUUCCCGAUUCUGUUGGUUAACCAGUAAAAUAGACUAUGAAUUCUUUAGAUUAUUUAGUUGCAUAGUUAAUUUCUUUACUCUCCUGUGUAUAAAUAGGAGACAAAGAUCCCAGUACUCCAUCCUAUGCUUACUGUACUACUACUUCACCUUGUCCUUAAGAAUGUAUUGAUAUAGGCUACACAAAAUCUGAAAAAACUUGCACAAUUACUGAAUAAACAUGUAAAUCUUUAAUUUCAUGUACUUAAGCUUGUACAGAUUUCGGCUUUUCAACUCACACUGUUCCUUAAUAAUCUACCUAAUGUAUGAUAAAUUCUUGUGUAGAUAUACCUAAUAAACUUAAAUGUACCCCAGUUUGUUUACAAAGAAGUUUUUACCCAAAUAAUGAAGGUUAUUGCAGUUGUACAACUCCAGACUACGACAAUAACAAUAUUUGCUAAUUCUAAGUUGAUUAUAAAAAUUGCUUUUCGUAGAAAAUAUGUCCAUAAUAAUGCAUUGAUAUAGGAUAUGAUUUCAUAGAUCAAGAUCCUAAAAAUCCCUGCGAUAAUAAUGCCUAUAAAAAAUGCCUAAACUAAAAUUAUUGCGCAACUCAAUCAUUUUGUACAGAUUACGGUUUUAUAAAUUAAAAUGAUCUCUGUGUUCCUCCUUAAUGCAAUUCUUUAGAAUUAUGUAAUUAAUAAUACUGCAAAGAUAAUGGCUAUAUAGUGAAUAAUAACUAAUGUUAAUGUCCUUAAUAUUAUACUUCUUAAGACUACAAAUGUUAAUUCGAAGUUUCAUGGUAAAACUGUAUAGUUUCACCUCCUUCUUCCACUUCUUGUCCUUCUGAAUGUAUUGCAGGAGGCUAUAAAUAAGACCCGUCUUCUGGAUCAUGUAUUUCCCCCACCUAUGAUGAUUGUUUUGCCGAAAGCGUUCUCGAAUGUACUAAAGCAUGCCAAAACCUAUCUGGAAUUCCCGUCCAAUCGGGUAAAUGUGUCCUUCCUCCUGCAUGUUAAAGCGAUACUUAACCCUGUAAUACAUUAUCUCCUUAUUGCCAAAUAGCUGGCUUCUCAACUUAAAAUAACACAUGUAAUUGUAGUACUGGUUUCUUCCCCGUAAACUCCAAAAACUAAUGUUUUGAGCCUUCCUGGAACUCCUGUAUAGAUUUAACUUUAAACCAAUCCUGUCCUGACUUAUGUUUAAAUCUCGGCUACUUUAAAUCUGAAAAACCCGCCCAAAACUGCACUAUUACUUUUUCCGAAUGUAACGCUAAAAACAACUGCUCAAACAAAAAUACUGCUUGCAUACAAUACGGAUUUACAAACGAUCCAACAAAAAAUAUCUGUACUAUAAUAUGUGAAAACACCUAAAACGCUUGUGACUAAAAUAAUCACGCUUGUAAAGACUAAUAUUUCAUCACUUAAGAUAAAUAAUGUCUAUGCGCAUAUGGUUUUUAUUCUUUGAAUAAAAAUGAGUGUUUAAAAAUUGAUAAUAAACACUGCUUUAACGACCAAGCAAAUAUCUGUCCUUAAGAAUGUCUAAGUGCUGGAUAUUCUGGCGAGUUGAAAACUGCCUGCGGUUUACCCGCUAUUGAUACUUGUUUAAAUAAUAAUGUCUGUGAUGAAAAUGUGAACUCUUUUUUGAGUGCAUGUGUUAAUGUUGGAUUUUAUAAUAAAAGUGGAAGUUGCAAAGUUGAAUAGUGCGUCUAGAACGAUUAAAAUAAUAAACAAGCUUGCAGUGAUGCUUGUUUGAGUAUAGGAUAUUAGACUUUAAUUGGAAAUUGUUAAUGUGUAAAUGGAUAAAUUGAUGCAUAGGGAAAAUAUAUUAAAUUAUAUUGGGCUAAAGCAAUUAUUUUUGAUUAAGAUUUAAAUAUAAUAGCAUAAAAAAAUUGUCCUGCAAAACCAGAAGAAUUAAAGCCAUAUUUAACUGCAGACUAAAAUCGUGAUAACACAAUAGGAGCAGGAUUUAUUUUAUUAGGAGAGCAUUAUGAUGUACAUAGAUUUCACCCUCCAUUGAUAUACGGAAGAAGAGGUGAUGCUGACGUAGGAGAAGGAAUAUCAUUAUCAAUUGGUUUUUCUAAAAAAGCAAACAAAACUGUUUAUUUAAUUAUAACUUAUGAAUUACCCAUAAUAUCAGCAAGAGCAGUUCCUUAAUAAAUAAACUUUUAUAAUGCACACAUUUAAAUGAAUUUAAUUUAAUUUAAUUUAACAUAUAUAUAUAUGUGA